ACUUAAAACUGGCAAAAUGCUAAUUCAUGUUCUACGAGUUGCGUUGCUUGCAGUUACAUUGACCAGUGCUCUAUCUGAAAAAUUCUUAACCGAGAAACCCGCUGAUUUGGUACCCUGCUCGACAAAGGAUCCCAAGUUUAAUAAGUGUCUAGUCAAAAAUCUUCAAACUAUAUUUAUUAACUGGAAAGAUGGCAUCCCCGGUUCAGAUAUAGUUGGACCCAUAGAUCCAUUUACUAUUAAUUUUGAUUUCUGGACCAAAUUAUUCGGCAGUGAACUUAGCAGCCUCGGGAUUGAUAUAAAUUUUACUGAUAUUGUUGUCAAAGGCAUGAGUCAAGCAGUUAUUACGGAGGCUAGCUAUGAUCCUUCCAAAUACGAAGCUAAGGUUGCGUUUAACAUUCCAAAGCUCAGCUUUUACUUCGAAUACACUGUACAGGGAAAUGGAUCUACUAAUAAUGUGCAACUUUACAGUAAAGACGAUGGUACAAUAGAAUUGAGCGACUUAUUAUUGGAAUAUGAGAUGACACUUAAGCCGAGAGUUACACCUGAAGGAACAUUUUUCGAUGUGGAACACUUGAAAGGUGAUUUCAAAGAUGUAGCCAAAAACGAUUUGGAUGAGUCGAUUGUGGAAAAGGAAACUAGUUUAAUCGAUAUUGACUGGAGGGAAUUGUAUCGUUCAUUUCAAGAAUUUUAUGGCUCUCCACAUGAGUCGCUGUUGCUCGAUCGGGUCAAAAAAGAUAUUAAGUUAUAUUCCAGCCACUUAUAUUAUCGAUAAUAUUCAUUAAUUCCUGUGAUUGAUUGAUCAAUAUUUUUUUAAAGCUAAUAAAGCCUAUAUAAUUUUUGUUUU